AAAGGGGGCGUAGCUAGCUGGAGAGCAAAAACAAGAGAGACACAGUAAGCAGAGCACUAAAGUAAGUCGAUCUAACACUUAUUGAUGUUAUGUGUUCCUAGAGCUGCUGGUCUGAAGGCCAGUGUGUCGUGUAUAGGAUUACCGUGGGCCCCGGCAUGCCAGGCGUAAUUUGGUAUGGAUCGUUGCUCAGGGAAUGCUGCUGGCCGUGCCAAUUUCUGACCGACGGUAGUCCUUAUUGCAUCAAGCCAUCUAAGGGCAACGAGUUAGCAGUUCUUAUCCAGGGGAAUGCCUACAGUCGCACUGUAUACGAGUUGGAUCCCGUGCAGUGUAGGAGGGUCGCAGUGCCGUGGUUUCGUUCUGCUGCAUGCACGCAACCGUGUUGUUCGAUAGCUACGCAUCGUCAGUUCUGAGCUAGCUAUAUAGCCAAGCCAACCAACAACGCAGCACGUACAGCAAAUUCUACAAAAAAAUGUUUCACAGGCUCGGCAAACGCAAGAUGUCGACCGAGGAGUCGGGCUCCGCCCGUGAGCGGGAGCUACGGCUAACCGUGGCUCAGCUCCGCCAGCAACUGGAGGAGGAGAAACGCGCCAGGAAGAGAGACCACAGUGACAAGGUGCGGGAUCUGAAAGCUGCAAGAGAGAGAGAACAGGAGGCGGCCAAGGAGACCAUCGAGGAGCUGAAGAUGAAGCAACAGAGAGAAAAGGCCCAGGAAAUGACUGUUCUACAGGAGAGGAUGACUAGGGACUUCAAGGCUCAGGUGAAGGAGAUUCAGCGAAAGAACGAGGAAGAGAAACACGGGCUGCAAAAAGAGCUGGAGAAAGAGAGACGAAACUUCAAGGAGCAACGAAAGGCCAUUGAAAAGGAGAUCCAGAGGCAAAUGCGGCAGGCUCAAGAGGCUGAGCAGAAGAAGGUGGCACAGGAGAUGUUUGCCAUGUCGAAUAACGUGAGCGACAUGGAAGUGAAACUGCGGGACACUCAGGACGCUGACCGCACGAAGGAUGAGGUGAUCCGGGAGAUGAAGGCCGAACACCGGGCAGAGUUGGAAAGCCUCAGUCACUCUUCGAGGCUCAGCAACAGACAACAGUUGGAAGAACUGUCGGCAAGUCAGAGAGAACGGAAGGAAAAGGACAGGGAGAUUUCCGCUCACAUGGAGAGGAUUCGCAGACUUGAGGCAGACAAUGACAAACUACGAGAUGAGGUGCGAACACUCCGCAGGGCAGAGUCUUGGGCCAAGAGCAGUGUGACUCCGCCCACACUCACCCCCUCCACAUCAGUAGGAGAUAUCACCAGUCAGCCCCCUCGACAGUACACACCCAAGGAGAGGGACAUGGUGCUGAAGAACACGGAGUUGAGUUUCAGAGUCCGCCAGUUGGAAGAGAAGAACUCUGAGCUCGAGAGGUUCAAAAGAGAACUGAAAGAGUUGCUGGAGAAGGCAAAGGCGGAGCAGAAGCCACUGAAAGAGCAGCUGGCUAAGCAAGGAGUCAGAGUCAACUCACUCAGUGCCAGUCUCCACGACAAGGAGAAGCUUGUCAAGGGAGUGACUGAGGAAAACGAAGAACUAAAAAAAGCCAACAGGCAGUUGACGCAGGAGCAGUCCCAGCAGAAGCAACGUCUCACACAGCAGAUGACACAGACACACACACAGAGGAUGGAGCACCAGAGGGCCCUCGGCAAGUACGCAGACCUCCAAAAACUCCACAAAAAACUGCAGCUCCGCGUGAGGGAACUAGAGCAUCAGCGUCGCUCACACUCCCACCAGACUAGUGCUGCCAGCAGUCCCAGUGGUGGGGGAGUUUGGGGAGUGGGGGGAGAGCCGUGCAGUCCCUCCGUCUCCUUCAGCAGCCUGGCCUCCGUCACUGAGGAGGGAGACACCCAGCACAUCACCGCCAAGUACACUGAGAUGAAGACUGAGUACAAAAAGGUGAAGGACCAUUACAAGGUAUUGAAGAUCAGCUAUGAAAAGUUGGAGUCCAAGUACCGACUAGCGGAGCAGGAGAAGCUGACAAUUGAGUCAGAGAUAUCGCAGCUCCGGGCGUCGCCCAUCAACGAACGGGACAGUCCGUACGACACGGCACGCAGCAGCUCCAUUCUGUCGGAGAACCAGGCACGUCUCGAGGCCCUCCAGUCUCGCGUGAAGGACCUUGAGGCCUACAUCCUCGAGCAGGAAAAUUUAGUGAGUAAAGAGAGAGAGGAGCACGCCAGAGAGGUGUCCUCUCUCACGGAGGCCAGGGACCAGUUGCAGGAGAAAUUGCGGGGGGUGGGUGGGUGGGAGGAGAGGGAGGAGGGGGAGGGGGAAGAGGUGUCGGCCGGCAAUGAGAGGAGUAGAGAGCUGUUGGAGCAGCUGGAUCGUGUGGAGGAGAUGAACAGAAAGACGUCGGGCAGCCUGAAAGAGACCAUGAAAAAGACCAAAGAAUUGGAAGAGUGUGGAAAUCAGAUGGACGAGACCCUGCAAGGCAUCAGGACACUAGACACUCUGCAAGGGGAAGAGGAGGAAGAGGAGGAGGAAGGUGGGCUGGAGAGAGAGGGAAGUUUACUGGUUCUGAGGAAGGCUCGUGAGACUCUCAAGGAGUGCCAGGAGCUGCUCAGGAGUGGACAAGAUGUGUCUCAAGUGGUGGAGAGACUGGCGGAUGUCCUGGGAGUGGACCGGCCGCUCUCUCUACUGGAGGACACCAGUCUCGCCAUGACCACCAGUGACCUGGAGCCUCCUACCCCUGUGGACAGUAGUACUCCAGCAACUGCACACUCCUCACUGGUGGCCCAGAUAGCCAGGCUACAGGAGGAGUUGUCAGAGAAGCAAGAGGUGGUGGAGAAGGCGCAGGAGAAGGUGGCAGGUCUCCAGACCCUCACUGUGGAGCUGGGGAGGCAGUUGGAGGAGGAGAGGGAGGAGAGAGAGAACCUUGUCGCCACCUGGGACCAGGAGAUGGCUGACUUACAGGCUCAGGUGUCACAGAGGGAGACCCAGUUGAAGAGGGUGCGGAGAGCCAUUCCCCAGGGAGUCAAUGAACAGAUGCACCAGCAGCUCGGCCAACAAGUACUCCACGACCUGCAACAGUGUAAGUCACUGGCGGAAGGACUGACUGGGUCCCAGGCUCUGCUGUCUCAACUGGAAGUCCUGGAGACCUCUCUAGACAGUCUCCUUCACACCGUAUUUCCCGGCAUGUUCCAGCAGCCGACCUCUCCUCCACCUCCCCUCCCCUCUCCCCCUCGUCCUCACACCUCAUCCACAACUACCGCAGAGCCCUCUCAGUCCACCAAUGAGAAUGGGUCUGUGGCUGGCCACCAAGAUCCUUCGUCCCCACCCCCUGCCACAACGGGUGUACCCACAGACCAUCCUCCUGCUUCCUCCAUUACCUCCUCGAGACACAGCACACCUCACUCUGACCAGGUUGAGGUGACGCCUCUCUCGUCUCCCUCUUCUCACACCCCUCCACAGUCUCCUGAGACAGAAGUGCCACAUCUUCUAGUCGGAACAGCCACCAAACCAUCACCCCCUAACCACACCCCCCCUCAUUAUCCGACCCUCCCUUCAUCACCCCUCCACGAGACGACUGGCAAAGCCACACCCCCUGGCCCCGUGGAAGAGGUCAUGGUGAUGAGACAUGUGGAAUGCGAGGAAAUUAGCAUUCCUCUCGAUUUUCUCAUUCAAACCACACCCACCGACUCCACCCAUUCCGAACCUCACCCCUCACACACACCGCCUAAGUCUCCAGUCCACACUGAGUCCGAGACUGAUUCCCAUUCCACCUCAAAUGACCUAAAUACCACAGUUGAAGAUAUCGGACAAUUGGUUGAGCGAUCAGAGGAUGGUCCAUCCUAUUCGGCAAUAACAUCAGCAAUGGCUGGCGAGAAAGGAGGAGAGCCUGAAGAAGUACAAGUAACAGAAGGGAUCCCCCAACGAGACAACCCAUUGUUUAAUGGUCCGACCCAUCCUCCAACACCUGAUCUCACCCUCAUAGGUGGCCGAGAGUACACAAAGGAAGACCUUGACGAGGUUGACUUGGGAACCAGUGGGGAAUACAGUAUGGGAGCCAGUGGAGAAUAUAGUCGUCUGAUAAGAACCAGCAGUGAAUAUGGCGGCACACGAAGAGAAAGAGGAGUACAAAGCUACAAGUUCUGGGUGGGCAGGAAGGAAGAGCCUGUCACCUCUACCUGCAGGAAAAGACGGUUCAUUACCCGUGCCGGCAGGAAAAGGGAGUCCUUUGUCGUCACUAGAAGGAAAUGAUGCUCUGUCGCCUUUGCUGCACUACCCAACGCCUCCCGAGGCACCAGCAGGCAGGCAGAGAGUGUUGGCAGCGCAUGCAGCAGCAACAGACGUCUCUUGUAUCUCUCCUUCGUCUUAUGUUCGUGGGAAGAAGAGGGUUAGGACACAGAGCAUGGAGCAGGAGGAGAUGAAAGAGGAAGAGAAGGAGGAAGAGGAGGGAGAUGAAGAGAAGGGGCCAGUGAGAGCUGGGAGAAGACAGAGGAAGUUGAAGGGGAGAGGUAGGACGAGGAAAGACUGAGAGAUUGUUUGUCGCAAUCUUGAGCUACAAUCCUGAGGCAAUGUGCACAACAGGCAGACCUGACCUGGAGCUUCUCUUCGAUGAAGGAGCUAUAAUAGCAGUCGAAGGAGGCGUGGAUGACAGUGGGUUCUACAGAGGAUCAUUCCAGGGGAAGACUGGGCUUGUCCCGGCAGGGUUUGUCCAGGAAAUGGAAGUGGAGGACGAGGCCCAGAGGAGGAGACUCCUGAACCAGACCCUCUCUCGCCCCUACAUCCCCUCCCUCCCUUCCUCCCCCCUCAACACACCCCUCGCAACCAGCCGGCCACCCAGCGGCUCUCUCCUCUUCUCACCCUCUGGAUCCCUGCUGUCUCACACACCACUCAGCCAGACAACAUCUGUUAUGUCACCUCCCCCACCUUCCUCUGUGACUGUUGAGACUACGACGGCAGAAGAGCGUUGUCAUGGUAACCUGGGCUCCGCCCACCACACCCGUUACUGGAUACCACAUUUUUGCCAACAAACAGCUGAGGGCAUCGGUGACUAGUCCUCAGACCAGAGUCCUACUGUCUGAUGUGUCAGAGGUGUCAGCCGGUGAUGGUGGGUGUGGCCAGCCACAACAGGGAUGGUCGACAGAGCAGCGUGGCGUCCACCACCUACCAUCCUCCCACCUCUACACCCCAGCCACAGCAACAACCACAACAGCCUGAGCAGUACCGACUGUGUAUAGUACUGGUGGACUAUGACCCUCAGAAGAUGUCUCCCAGUGAUAACCCUGACCUGGAGCUGAAGGUCUCGGAGGGAAACCUUCUCAGGUGCUACAACAGAGAUGAAGAGGAGGACAGCGGCUUUACAAUGGCGGAGUUGGAGGAGUCUAACACGAGAGGUUUGGUACCAACUGAGUUCAUCACUGAAGUAUAUGGACCGUCUGCUUCUGAUCCAAAUAAGUACGAGUGGAAGUCACCACCACAGAGCAGUCUACCAGCUACUUUCAAGUUGAUGAGGGCAGUGUAUAACUACAACUCUAGACAAGACUCUCCCAACAGAGGCAUGGAACUGGAGCUCAGCUUCAGGAAUGGAGACGUCAUCACUGUCUACGGUAGCAUGGAUUCAGAUGGGUUCUACACUGGUCAAGUGAGGGAGGCAUUUGGUCUGGUCCCCUCCAACUACCUCCAGAAGGAGGAAAAGAAGGAGGGAGAGAUGCAACGACAGCAGUCAACAGAUAGAGAGGCCAACAAAUUAAGGAAAUGGGAACUUCCUCCCAAUAUGUGGAAGCAAGCCAACGGACAAGAGCUUCACCUGAAUGCACUCGCCUCAUCCCAUCCACAUUCCCAGAGUGAAGUUCAUGGGUCCAGUGGAGGAAAGAAGAAGAAAGCGAGUGAAGGCAGUAUUUCUGGUAGCGGCAGUGGCAGUGGAAAUGGUCAUAAUGGAGAGGGAUCAAAGAGACGGUGGUCUCACGGACUGCCAUUCAAGAACCCGUUCUCUCGCAAGAAGAGUGACUCUGUGUUGUAGCCAUGCAAGCUAUGCUUUCCUCUGCAUAUACAUACACAAUUAGUACAGUACAUGCAGCACUCCCUCACUGUCACAACUUUACACACCGUAUUAUUGAUAACC